ACUAUUCUUCUUCUUCUCCCUUGAACCGAAAAAAAAACAGCUGAAAUUACUUUGCCUUUCUAGAUUUUGAUUGUCUUCUCCAUGCCAUGAAGAAUUUAUCUUCAUCCUCCAACCACCGCCACCCACCGCCGUCGGGUGCCCACAAACCGUACCAUCAUCACAACAACCGCCCUAGGGACCCGAACAACCGCCGUUUUGUACCCGGUUUUCAGGCUGUCAAUAGCACACACUACCGCCGCCGUUUUCCUCCGGCUACAUCCACCGAUCUUGGUGCAGCCGGUUCAAACGUCACGCGCCCAAACUUCAUAAUUCAAUUCCUCCACGACUAUUCGCCUUCCCCUUCCGAACUCAACAACCUCCAGAUUUUGAUUUCCGAACUCAACCCGUCCCCCGAAAGUUCCAGCUUCAUCUCCACCGCAAAAAUCGCUGCUUCCCUAACGUUCCAAGAAUGGAAUCAAACCCUUUCUUCAAUUCUUCAUAUAUGGCGUUCCCGCCUUGAUGGGUCCCACCAUUCUACUCCCAUGCUUAUUCCCAACAUCAUAGUGCCCUCCGACGCGGUGGAACUCGAGCAAAACCUCAAAACCCUUUUCUCGAGCCAUGUUGCGGGAUUGAUGGGAGGGGAAUUGGUUAAGAAGUGGCAGAAGAAAAUCGACGAGAAAUCCGAUGAGAUCACUAAGUUGUCAGCACAAAUGGGCAAGAGGAAUAAUUCUGUCAGGAGGUUUUCUGAGUUGAAUGACACGAAGAAAGCUCUAAAGGCGGAGAGAUCAACGAUUUGGAAGCGGUUGGAGGAGUUUAAGGGAGGUAUGGGGAGCUUGUUGAGGUGUUUGGAAGAUGGGGUAAUAAUAGGGAAUGAGGAUGAGGAUGAGGAUGAAGGCGUGGAGGUUUUCAGGGUUGAAGGAGAGAUUGAUUGGAAGAGGAUUCAUCAGCUGAUUUUGUGGGAAUGUAGGAGGUUGGAAGAUGGUUUGCCCAUUUAUGCUUACAGGCAAAAGAUUCUUGCUAGAAUACAUUAUGAACAGGUCAUGGUGUUGAUUGGAGAGACUGGUUCAGGAAAGAGCACCCAGCUGGUUCAGUUUCUUUCUGAUUCAGGAAUCGCUGCAAAUGAGUCAAUUGUAUGUACACAGCCACGAAAGAUUGCUGCCAUCUCAUUAGCAAAAAGAGUCAGAGAAGAAAGCAUUGGGUGCUACAAUUAUAAUUCGGUCACUUGUUAUCCAACAUUUUCAUCUGCUCAGCAGUUUGAUUCGAAGGUAAUCUAUAUGACCGACCACUGCUUACUGCAGCAUUAUAUGAAUGAUAGGAAUUUGUCAGGGAUUUCUUGCAUCAUUGUUGAUGUGGCCCAUGAACGAAGUUUGAAUACUGAUCUUCUUUUGGCUUUGCUUAAAGAUUUGCUUGGCAGAAGAGUUGAUCUAAGGCUUGUUAUAAUGUCUGCAACAGCUAAUGCAAAUCAACUGUCAGACUACUUUUUUAGGUGUGGCAUCCUUCAUUUGGAGGGGAGAAAUUUUCCUGUUCAUAUUAAAUAUGUUCCUCAUGCAACGGAGGGAACUUCUGGUCUUGGUAUGGUCCCUACAUAUGUUUCUGAUGUCUUGAAGAUGGCUGCUGAGGUUCACAAAACUGAGAAAGAAGGGAACAUUCUUUCCUUUUUAACUUCCCAAAUGGAAGUAGAAUGGGCUUGUGAUCAUUUUGAAGCUCCAAAUGUGGUUGUAUCUGGAAAGCUAUCCUUUGAAGAGCAAUGUAAUGUUUUCCAGAACGACCCUGGGAAAAGAAAAAUUGUAUUUGCGACAAAUAUUGCAGAGACAUCGCUCACAAUUCCUGGUAUCAAGUAUGUGAUUGAUUCUGGUAUGGUCAAGGAGAGUAAAUUUGAACCUGGCACUGGAAUGAACGUUCUCAAAGUCUGUUGGAUCAGCCAGAGUUCUGCCAAUCAACGAGAUGGUCGUGCUGGGAGGACAGAACCGGGAAGUUGUUACAGACUAUACACAGCAAGUGAUUUUGUUAUGGCAAAUGCCAGUAGUAUAUUUUGCAGGGUGGACAGUGAUGAUGAUAAAGCGAAAGCUGAUUGUCUUAAGGUGCAAUUUUGCCAUCGGAAUGGUGAUCUCUUUACUCUGCUCUCUGUGUACAAAGAAUGGGAAGCUCUCCCUUGCGACAGGAAAAAUAAAUGGUGCUGGGAAAACAGCAUAAAUGCAAAAUCAAUGCGUAGAUGCCAAGAUACAGUCUUCGAAUUGGAAACUUGUCUGAAAAAGGAGUUUGCUGUUAUUAUUCCAAGUUACUUAAUAUGGGAUCCUCAUAAGUCUACUGAGCAUGAUAAAAUUUUGAAGGCGAUUAUACUUUCUUCCCUGGCCGAAAAUGUAGCCAUGUAUUCUGGACAUGACAAACUUGGUUAUGAAGUGGCAUUGACCAGGCAACAUGUUCAACUGCAUCCUUAAUGUUCAUUACUGAUAUUUGGUGAGAAGCCAAGUUGGGUUGUCUUCGGUGAACUCUUAUCUGUCAAUAAUCGGUAUUUGGUCUGUGUAACUGCUAUUGAUUUUGUCUUGGCUACUCUGGAUCCUCCUCCCUUGUUUGAUGCCUCUAUGAUGGAAAGCCGGAGGUUGCAAGUGAAGGCACUGACUGGUUUUGGUAGUACACUAUUAAAAAAAUUAUGUGGGAAAUCUAACCACAAUCUUCGGUGUCUUUUAUCACGGAUUAGGACUGCUUGUAUGAAUGAACAGGUUGGUGUUGAAGUCAAUGUUGACCAGAAUGAGAUUCUGCUGUUUGCUUCGUCAGUGGACAUGCAGAAGGUUCUGGACUUCGUAACUGAGGCGGUGGAAUGUGAAAAGAAAUGGUUGCUUAAUGAAUGCAUGGAGAAACCUUUAUUUCAUGGACGGAGAGCAUCACCAUCUAUGGCACUUUUUGGAGCUGGUGCUGAGAUUAAGCAUCUUGAACUUGAUAAAAGAUAUUUGUUCGUUGAUGUAUUCCAUUCAAAUGUUUGUACCUUCUAUGAUAAGGAGCUUUUGACGUUCUUUGAGGAUUAUUCUAAUGGCAGUAUUUGCUCGGUCCAUAAAUCUCAAGCCAGUGGGAAGGAAACAGAUGAAAAGGAAAAAUGGGGCAAGAUAACGUUCCUAACUCCUGACACUGCCAGAAAAGCUGCUAAGCUGGAUGGGUUCAACUUUGCUGGCUCUGCACUGAAGGUACUUCCUUCACAGACAUCCUUUGGGGGUGAUCAUAAGAUGUUCUCUUUCCCUGCAGUCAAAGCAAAAGUUCAUUGGCCUCGUAGGGUCAGUAAAGGGUUUGGAAUCAUUAAAUGUGAUCUCGUUGAUGUUGGGUCCAUUUUGGAUGAUUUCUCUUCUCUAAUAAUAGCAGAUAAAUAUGUUCGUUGUGAAGUUAGCAGGAAAUGUAAUGAUUCUAUUAUGAUAUAUGGAAUCGGUAAAGAUCUUUCUGAAGCUGAAAUUUGGGAUAUACUAUGUUUGGCAACGGAAAGGAAAAUCCAUGAUUUUUUUUCUCAUGAGAGGAGUGCUGUGGAAAAUCCAACAUGUGAUGCCUGUGAGGAGGCACUACUCAGAGAAAUAUCACCCUUUAUGCCUAAAGGGAAUCCCCAUACUAACUGUUGUCAGGUUCAGGUUUUAAAGCCUGAACCAAGGGAGACUUUUAUGAAAGCACUGAUCACCUUUGAUGGAAGAUUACAUUUGGAGGCCGCAAAAGCUUUAGAACAGCUAGAGGGUAAAGUAUUACCUGGAUGUCUUUCAUGGCAAAAGAUAAGAUGCCAGCAACUGUUUCACAGUUCUAUAUCCUGCUCUUCUUCUGUCUAUGCCGUUAUUAAGAAGCAGCUCAACUCUUUGCUAGAAAGUUUCAGACAUGUAAAAGGUUGCUUCCUGGAGGAAAAUGAAAACGGUUCCUGUCGGGUUAGAAUAUCUGCUAAUGCCACCAAAACUGUGGCAGAGUUGAGAAGGCCAGUGGAAGAGCUAAUGAACGGAAGUACCGUAAAACAUGCCAGCCUCACUCCUUCCAUAUUGCAGCACCUGUUCGCUAGAGAUGAACGAGAGACGAGAACCUACAUAUUUUUUGACCGGCAUAGUCUCAAUGUGAGAAUCUUCGGCUCUUCUUAUGAUGCUUCUGUAGCCCAGCAAAAAUUGAUUCAAUCCCUUUUGUCCCACCACAACAGCAAGCAGCUUGAGGUCCGACUUCGUAGUCGGGGUCUGCCUCCUGAUAUGACGAAGGAAAUGGUUAAGAAGUUUGGGCCAGACCUUCAUGGGCUCAAAGAGAAGAUACCCGGGGCUGAAUUUACGCUUAAUACCUGGCAUCAUAUUAUUUUGAUUCGUGGUGACAAAGAGAUGAAGCAAAAGGUAGAAGAAAUCGUCCUUGAGAUUGCUAAGGCAGGCAGAGAUUUUGCUGAGAGAUCUGACAGUGAAGUCACCUGUUCCAUUUGCUUGUGUGAAGUAGAAGAUGGCUACCGGCUUGAAGGGUCUUCACAUCUCUUUUGUCGUUUGUGUUUGUUGGAGCAAUGCGAAUCCGCCAUUAGAUACUCGGGUAGUUUUCCUGUAUGCUGUGCUAGCCAAUAUUGUAAAGCUCCCAUUUUGCUUACUGAUUUGAAGUCUCUGCUGUCAACCGAGAAGUUAGAGGAACUCUUUAGGGCUUCUUUGGGUGCAUUUGUUGCAUCCAGUGGGGGUGCCUUUCGGUUUUGCCCUUCUCCUGAUUGCCUCUCUGUUUAUCGUGUUGCUGAUCCCGACACUUCGGGUGAGCCAUUUGUCUGCGGAGCAUGUUAUGCCGAGACUUGUACUAGGUGCCAUCUGGAAUAUCAUCCCUAUCUGUCAUGUGAGAAGUACCGAGAGUUCAAGGAAGACCCCGAUUCUUCUUUGAAGGAGUGGUGCAAGGGGAAAGAUCAGGUAAAAACUUGCCCCGUAUGCGGAUAUAUAAUCGAGAAGACCGAUGGAUGUAACCACGUCGAUAAGUGCGGGAGGCAUGUUUGCUGGGUAUGUUUAGAGUUCUUUAGCAGCAGUGAUAAUUGUUAUAGCCAUUUGAGAGCUGUCCACAUGGCCAUCACCUAGUUUUUAAAUUAUUGCUUACAUUUCGACAAUCAUCCGUGUAAGUAUGUGUAUAUAGUUUCAAGGGUUUACAUUAAACGUGUUAAUAGG